GUGUCCAUCGACAGAACAAGCAGCACUAGGUUUUCAGGAGCAGCCAACGCAAUCGAGCUUUCAGACCUUUUGGCUACUGUCAUAAAACUCUCUGCCGCCUUCAACUUCUUCUCCAGCACUAGUCUCAUACGCUCUCGCUCUCCGUCGUUGUGCAUAUUACUCCAAGGAACGGCUCUCCAGCGGACCGAUCCACCAACCAACUCAACAGCCACCUCACCAUUCAUAUCGGACCAACAAACUCUUUGCAGGAGAAAGGCUGAGAAGGCGGAAUUGGCGAUAGGCGUACACGCGAGCUGCGACAGUCAUGGAAACAAAGUUUGUAGCCACCCCAUGGCGAGAUCGCCGCGAGUUACUCGAAGUCAGGGCCGGGCUCUACUCCGCUGAAAAUACCACUGCAACCCUCAAUGAACAUGGUGGAAAGGGUCCAAGCAGAAGGAGACGAUGGGCUGUCGACAAGAUUUUCGCAUGGCGAGCCCGCAAGCUGGAGAUUCCGCUUCUGCUCGAGUCAACGGCGGAUAUUGUCGAUGCUGUUAUUCAAGAUGAAGGUGGAAGAUUGUCGCAUAAUACAUUGAGGAUGGUGUAUGCUACGGCUGUAUCUAGAUUCAUCACCGGCCUCGCAGACACCCAAACUGAACUGACCCGUCUCCGACCAUCCACCUUUCCACCCGUCUCGGAAAAACCUCUCCAAUUCCCCCUCGCCCUCCGCGAAACCCGCCACCGCAUCGUGCACCGUCACAUGCCCAGCCUCGCAGAGCUCAAGCGCGCAGCAUCCGAAAGCCUCGCGUGGCUCUGGGAGUGGUACUGGUCGCACCUAGACGCUGCGCUGCUGCUCCCCACGUCAAGCGUAGCGACGACGACGACGCAAGGACCUCCGCUCUCGAAACGCGAGCUUCGAGAACGCCUCCAGAUGGCACUCAAAACGUACGUACGAGCACGCAAAGCGGAAGUGCGGAAUCGCGCGUCGAGGCCAAAGAAUGGAGAGUCUAGAGCUGCGCAGGCAGCGGUAUCGAGUUUCCUGUUCUUGGAAGCGGGUGCUGCUGCUAGCGGAGCAGCCACAAAACGCGACAUUCUCCUUGAGCUUCUGGUUACGGAUGCGGCUAUUUUACCUGUUGACAAGAAGCUGGGAAGUACCAUGUCCGGUGCCUUCAUCAUGUGGACGCCGUUCCUAGCUGCGCUGGGGAAGGUGUCUGGGGAGUGGGUCGACGAACUACUGGACCACCUCAUCGCGUUCAUGAGUGGUUCUCCCUCUUCUUAUUCGUCGAAUCAUCAUGUUGCAGUUGAAGAUGACGCGAAGAAAGAAGGUAUGCUGGAGUGGGCAGUACAUAUCCUAUCGUCAAAGGAGUGGGACGGUAUACGAUCGUCAUCGUCAUCGUCGGGUAGACUCACCACGCACACCCUUCAGCAGAUUUUCCUCGCUCCAUCGUAUUGGCCGUUGAAACUUGCAGAUGCUAUACUCUUCUCCAACAAGCAUACCGGCAUAAACAUCCCCGGUCGAGCCUCAUGGGUGGCGAUCCUCAAAGCAGUCAAAAACGAAGAGGAAGAAGAAGAAGAAGAAGAAGAAGAAGAAGAAGAAGAAGAAGAAGAAGAAGAAGAAGAAGAAGAAGAAGAAGAAGAAGAAGAAGAAGAAGAAGAAGAAGAAGAAGAAGAAGAAGAAGAAGAAGAAGAAGAAGAAGAAGAUGCUGGGUUGAGCCAUGCUACCCCAACUCCUACAUCUCAAACAGCUCCCCCAGAGGAGAUGGAUGUGGACUCACCGCAAUCGCGGCCGAUUGCGAGAUCGAAGAAGGAAACAAGGGGAACAGUGACGGCAGAGAAAUCGUCAGGGCCCAGGAAAGUGGUCGGGCUGUGGGGAGGGCGGCCGAUUGGUGCUGUGGCCGUAGGAUGGGAGGAUGAUGAAUGAUUCAAGUAAUUGUUAUCUUGUUUAAACAGUAGCCAAUACAACAUCUCAAGGUUUGACUUUCAUUGUUGAUGGGAAACCCUUUGAUUCCUCACAGCCCAGUCUUCUUGUCCUUCACACUGAUGCCCGUCAUUAAGCGAUCGCCGUAUCUUCGCUCCUUCUCAACCGUGAAGAUUAUUUAUUGCGCCUGGACACUGUGUCAAAAACCGCCUCUUUAUCCAUCUCUGUCACUAUGGCGUGUCUCUCCGUGAGCUUGCGAGCGUAGGAGUCUUCGGGGGCAUGGGUAGUGCCGGACGAUACGGCAAGUUUUU